AAAAGUGGGCGGGGCCUAAGAAGUUGCAACUGUGCCGCUGUGCCUCGCCGCCGCCGACGGUCAGCGCGCGCCUCUGUCUAGCAACCUUCUAUCUCCUUACUUUCUUUUUUUAAAACUGACCUACUGCUCAUUUAUACCCCCCGUCAACUAGUUAGGGGGGAUGGCGUUUUCGCUGUUCUCCGUCGUUUCACUGACGGUCAUCUACCGGUUGACCAUCAACUUUCCCGAACUACCGUACACUCAGGAGUUGAAGAACGUUGAGAGCGAUGAGUUCGUGAGCACAUCUAGAGAUAUAGCUCAUUCUAUUCAAGAGUUGGUCAAGGAUCUAGAAGGAAGGCAUACAGCUAAGGUUGCCGAUUAUAAAUAUCACAAAAUCAUUGGAUCUCUUGUCUACGUGGAUUUGUACGCUGAAAAAGAGUCACCACUGGUGUCUGAUGUGUUGUUGUCCGCGAUAAAGUCUGGAAAAAUUGGGAACCUUACGGUUUCCGAUGAGGGUUUUGAGCUUCAUGUUGUAAGAGACUCGUCAAUAGCCUGCGCCACCACAGAAUUCACAUGCCUUGACAAGUCAUGCAUCCCGGCGGAUCAACGUUGUGAUGGAAGACGCAACUGUCCAGAUGGAUCAGAUGAGCACAAGGAGCAUGGAAAAUGCAAGCAGCAUCAACCAAUCAUCCAUCAAACUGAGAAAGUUGUCUUCGCUCAGAAACAUGGAUCCAUCCAUCUCUCGGCUUCAAUUGAUAGUUCGGUAGAGGAUAAUAAGAUUGCUUGGUCCAAAGACAGCGUUCUUCUUGGAGUUGGCUCGAUGACCUUGGCAGAAGACGGGCGUGUGACGGUUUACAAAAAAGGAGACAAACAUCAUCUUCAUAUCAUCAACGCCACCGACGCAGAUGAUGGAACUUAUAAAAUGAUUGUGCAAGGAAUAAAUGUGGAGGCUGAUUUUGAGGUCCGCAUCACCUCCGACCGUGUCGCCACCGAAUCCGACGAAUGCCCAAGCGGGGAGCGUGCCUGUAAAUCUGGACAUUGCCUUCCAGUCGCCCAAUUCUGUGAUCGCCGAGUUCAAUGCCCAGAUGGUGAUGACGAGGAACAUUGCUCUGAAGUGCAAUGCAAAUCGAAUGAGUUCCGAUGCGAGUCCACAAAUGUUUGUGUGCCAACUGUCGUCGUCUGUGACGGAUGGAAAGAUUGCCAUGAUGGUUCUGAUGAAAAGAAAUGCUCCCAUCCACGCAAGACCUACAAACCUCAUCAUGUCCACCACGUAAAGGUCAACGCAGUUUGCCAAGAUGGCUCGGAGCCCGAGUUCAGUCUUCACGGCUCGAGUUAUUGCUGGUCCAACAAGGUGUGCCCAGCCAUGACCGAAUGUGUGGCUGGACUGUGUUGCUCCAUUUCUAAAACUCGAAAACGUCAAAGCGAAUGUUUGGAGGGACAGUUCAAGUGUGGAACUGGUCAGUGCAUUGAAGAAAGUCUGAAAUGCAACCGGAAGUACGAUUGUGCUGAUGGAUCCGAUGAGAUCACUUGCGAAUACUACCUUGCUGUCCAAAAAUACCAUGUCGAACAACAAAGACAAGAAACUCAACAGUCUUCCGCUGCUGCUCCAACUCGCGCAUCAGCUGCUCCAGCUGCUCCAGCUUCCAUGGAACAUCAAUCCGACAAUCUAGUGUGCAACGAUCAGGAGUUCAGGUGUCCAUAUCUCGCCGAGACCCGUUGCUUCCACUAUGAUAGACUUUGUGAUGGAACCGAUGACUGUGGAGAUGGAUCCGAUGAGACCAACUGCGACUCCAAUGAGGCCGAUCAACCAGCUGCUCCAAUUCCACCGCCAGUGCCAGCUCCUGACUCGGUGGAAGAGGAUGUGUCGAGAUGUUCGAGUGUUCAGUUUGAGUGUAAGAGAGAUGGAAAGUGCAUUGAUAAGGCUUUGGAGUGUAAUCAUAAAUAUGACUGUGAAGAUGGAUCAGAUGAGACUGAAUGUGAGUACUUCAAAGCAGCUAUGGCUAGAAGAGGCGAAUCUACUUCAACCUCCACCACUACUACAGAGCAACAACAUCAACGGCAACAUCAUCAGGCGCAGCAAGCCCAACAACAUCAGCAACAACAAGAACGUCAGCAACAAGAGCGUCAGCAACACGAGCGUCAGCAACAAGAGCGUCAACAGCAAGACCGCCAGCAACAAGCUCAACAACAUCACCAAGCCCAGCAGCAUCAUUCUCAGCAACAUCCAGCUCAACCAGCUCAACCUUCGCAAGAUCAUCACGAGGAACAUCGUAGACGUCUCGAGGAGCAUCGCCGCCGAGAAGAAGAACACCAUCGUCGGCAAGAGGAGGAGUCGCGUGCCAGAGCUCUUCAGCAAUCACUGCUACAUGCUAGCCAGGUUGAGAGCACCGAAGUGACAUUCCAAGAUGAGUAUGAUGGAGAUAGUGGAGUUGGGUGCUUGGAGCACGAGUUCCAGUGUGCUAUUGGAGAGUGUAUUGAUAAACGCCGUGUGUGCGACACUCGUCCCGACUGCCUCGAUGCCUCUGACGAGCAAAACUGUGCGGACCGGGCUCCAGCUCCUCUACCGACUCAUUCACAGCAACAUCAUCAUGUUGCGCAACCAGCAGCACCACCAUCACUCCCAUCAGUGAACACUUAUCCGGACCAAGACAUUGACUCAGACGACGAUGACACCUCUGACGUCCAAAUCACAGUGUUCCCAUCCGAGAAGGAGGUUCGCGACGGACGUGACGUCUCCUUCGAAUGCCGUGCCCGUACUUCUGACAACUCUGUUUAUCCAACAGUCCGAUGGGCACGUGUUGGUGGACCACUUCCAUCUUCUGCUCAUGAUUCUGGAGGUCGUCUUACCAUCAAUCCAGUUCAACUUUCGGAUGCUGGUACAUACAUCUGUGUGUCGGACUACAAUGGAAACACGGUUGAAGCAAGAGCUACGUUGAGUGUUGUGUCUUACGGACCCCAAGAAGUCUCGAACGGACUCCGUCAGGCCGGCCAAUGCAUGGCUGACGAGAAGGCGUGCGGAAACAACGAAUGCGUUAAGAACGAUUAUGUCUGCGACGGAGAGCCAGACUGUCGCGAUCGAUCCGACGAGGCCAACUGCCCGGCAAUCUCGAGAACUUGCGAGCCGAACGAGUUCAAGUGCAACAAUAACAAGUGCGUGCAAAAAAUGUGGCUUUGCGAUGGCGAUGACGAUUGUGGAGACAACUCUGACGAGCUUAACUGCAACGCCAAACCAAGCAGCAGUGACUGCAAGCCAACCGAGUUCCAAUGCCACGACCGUCGCCAAUGUGUUCCAUCGUCCUUCCACUGUGACGGAACCAACGAUUGUCACGAUGGUUCUGACGAGGUCGGAUGCGUGCAGCCAACCGUCGUCGAUCCACCACAAACCAACCUUCAAGUGCCACGUGGAACAACGUUCUCGUUGACCUGUAAGGCCGUCGCCGUACCGGAGCCUUACAUCAAUUGGCGUUUGAAUUGGGGACCAGUUUGCGAGCCCCCACGCUGUCUGCAGACUUCCGAAGGAGGUUAUGGUACAUUGACCAUUCAUGAUGCUCAACCAGUCGACCAGGGAGCCUACACUUGCGAGGCGAUCAACGUGAAGGGCCGCGUGCUCGCCACCCCAGACUGCAUCGUUCGCGUCGUCGAUGAUCCACGUCCACAACCACCACAGCCACCAACCGCUCCACCACAGAGAGCCAGCUGUGACACUCGUGGAGCCGUCACCCCAUACCCGAACAACUAUGGAACCUGCGAGUGCAAGAGCCAAGUCACCGGACCAAACUGUGAUCAGUGCAAGCCAGGAGCAUUCCACUUGUCUGAGAAGAGCCCAGAGGGAUGCUUGAAGUGCUUCUGCUUUGGAGUAUCGAAUGAUUGUCGCAGCAGUGGACACUACCGUACCAAGGACGCCGCUUGUGACCGUCUUAUGUUUGCUGGAGAUGCCGAAGGAGUCACCAUUUCGGAUAUCGAGGAGAGAACUAUUGACCGAAAUACUCCAUUUUCGUUCUUCAAGACCGGAUACCUUACCUUCGACGGCACCACUGAUGGAGUUGCCAAGUACUGGCGUCUUCCACAGCGAUUCCUCGGAGACAAGGUCACAGCCUACGGCGGGAAGAUGGAGUUUGAGAUUGAGUUCUCCGGUUCCGGACAUCAUAGCAGUGAGCCGAUGGUUGUUCUCAAGGGUAACCAGAACAUCUUGGUCCACCGCGUCCGCAACCAAGAGCAUGUUCUCCGGUCAGACUCCCCUGUUAGAAUUACAGUGGAGACCUAUGAGACUAACUAUGAACAACUCAAUGGAGCCGCUGCAACUCGUGAGGAUCUUCUCAUGGUUCUUGCUGAUCUUGACGCGUUCCUGAUCCGAGCCACUCACGUUGCCCAUCAGACUUCCACCUCACUUGGUGAUGUCUCCUGGGAGAUCGCAGUAGACCGCUAUACCCCUGAUGGUCUUGCACUUGAAGUUGAACAGUGCGUCUGUCCACCAGGAUAUCUUGGAACAUCCUGUGAGGAUUGCGCUCCAGGAUACGAGCGCAGUGGCUACGGCCCAUACCUCGGAACCUGUGUCCCAAUUCAACCAAGACAUCAGCAGUGCGGGCCAGGAGCCGUCGCUCCAACUGCACCAGCUCAAGGACAGUGUCAAUGUAAGGCGUCGGUGAUCGGACCAAAUUGUGAUCGAUGCGCGCCGAACUCGUUCGGGCUCGCUCCAACUAACCCACAAGGAUGUAUUCCUUGCUUCUGCUCAGGUGUCACUCAACAAUGUUCUGCUUCCAGCUAUCGAAGAACAAGCGUUUCUAUUGAUUAUGCUCGUGGGGAUCGUGACCAGCUCGAGCUCACCACCUCGGACUCCCGCCAACCAUACUCUCCACAAACCCGUGCCGAGCUUUCUGGACAAGCCAUUGAGUUCAGAAGCUUCGAGGAGGCUCGCGGACAGACUUUGUACUGGAAGCUUCCAGAGAAGUUUUUGGGAGAUAAGGUAACCUCGUACGGAGGAACUUUGGAGUACACCUUCAAGUUCUCUGGAAAUGGCAACUCCGAUCAGUCCGCUGAUGUCAUUCUUAGAGGAAACGACAUUGCUCUUCAAUACAAGCACAGAGAGCCAUUCUACGCUGACAGAGAGAACAAGGUUCAAAUCAAGAUUAUUGAGACUAGCUGGCAACGAGUUGAUGGUCAACAAGCAACCCGCGAGCAUCUCCUCAUGACUCUCGCCGAUCUUGACACCCUUCUUAUCAAGUCCACCUAUAACGAUGACUGCACCGAUUCUCAACUUCUCUCUGCCAACCUCGAGUUUGCUGAACCAUACGGUCAAGGACUCACCGCUGCUGAAGUCGAACAGUGCAUCUGCCCACCUGGAUACGUUGGAACUUCCUGCGAGGACUGUGCUCCAGGAUACUCCAGAACCGGAGGAGGACUUUACCUUGGACUUUGCGAGAAGUGCGAGUGCAACGGACACGCUAGCCAAUGCGACAAGGAGUACGGUUAUUGCUUGGAUUGUCAACACAACACCGAAGGAGAUCAGUGCGAAAGAUGCAAGCCAGGAUUUGUUGGUGAUGCUCGUCGUGGAACUCCAAAUGACUGCCAACCAGAAGCCACACGCGCCCCAUGCCAUUGCAACAAUCACUCCCCAAGAGGUUGUGAUUCGUUCGGAAGAUGCUUGCUCUGUGAGCACAACACCGAAGGAACGCAUUGCGAGAGAUGCAAGAAGGGCUACUACGGAGAUGCUACCAAGGGAUCCCCAUACGAUUGUACUCCAUGCCCAUGCCCAGGAGCCUCCGACUGCUACCUCGAUAACGAAGGACAAGUGGCGUGCCGCAUCUGUCCAGCCGGACUCCAGGGACGCUUGUGCAACGAGUGUGCUCCAGGAUACACCCGCUCAAACAAGCCAGCCGGACGCGUGUGCGAACCAAUCGGACAGGUCACCAACGAGGACAUCACGUUUGUGCAGAAGCCACAUGAAGGCGGACGCCCACCACAGCCGGUAAUCGAUCCACCACAUCUUGUUGUCAACGAAGGAGAGCCAGCAGCCUUCCGUUGUUGGGUUCCAGGUAUACCAGAUUGCCAGAUCACCUGGCAUCGUGAGCAACUGGGUGGACCACUUCCACAUGGUGUCUACCAGACUGGAAAUGCGCUCAAGAUUCCUCAAUCUCAACUUCAUCACGCCGGAAGAUACAUUUGUUCUGCCGCCAACCAGUAUGGAACCGGACAGAGUCCACCCGCAGUGCUUGAAGUUAAAAAACCUGUGAUCCCACCAAAGGUCGACCCAAUCCGUCAGACCGUUGAUCGUGACCAACCAGCUCGUUUCAAGUGCUGGGUGCCCGGAAACUCCAAUGUCCAACUCAGAUGGUCUCGUCCAGGAGGUGCUCCACUUCCAAGCGGAGUCCAAGAACAACAAGGAAUCCUUCAUAUCCCACGUGCCUCUGAUCAAGAAGUCGGACAAUACGUGUGCACCGCCACCGAUCCAUCAGACAACACUCCACUUCAAUCGGAGCCAGUGCAGCUGAACAUCAGAGAUCCAGCCCCACCACAACGUGGCGCCGCUCCACAAAUCGACCCUCCAAACCAGACAGUCAAUGUGAACGAUCCAGCUCAGUUCAGAUGCUGGGUUCCAGGACAACCACGUGCUCAGCUCAAAUGGUCUAGAAAGGACGGAAGACCACUUCCAAAUGGAAUUCUCGAAAGAGAUGGAUUCCUGAGAAUCGACAAGUCCCAAUUGCAUGAUGCUGGAGAGUACGAGUGUACUUCCACUGAACCAGAUGGCAGCACACAACUAUCACCACCUGCCAGACUUAAUGUUAAUCAACCACAAGCCAUCCAACCCCAAGUCGAUCCACCAGUGCAAACUGUCAAUGAAGGAGAACCAUCGCGAAUCCGCUGCUGGGUUCCCGGACAUCCAAACAUCCAACUCCAGUUUGUCAAAAGAGGCCGUCGUCCAUUGCCAGCACACGCCAGAUUCUCCCAAGGAAACCUUGAGAUUCCAAGAACCCUCAAGUCGGACGAGGAUGAGUACAUCUGUAUCGCCACGGACCCAACCACUAACAGACCCGUUGAAUCGAAUCCAGCCAGAGUUAUCGUCAAGUCGCCAAUUCGUCCAAUUAUCGACCCAGCCGAGCAAACCGUGCCAGAAGGAUCACCCUUCAAAAUCAGAUGCUACGUGCCCGGACAUCCAAGUGUUCAGCUCACGUUCAGAAGAGUCUCGGGACAACUUAACGAGGACGCCGAUGAGAACAAUGGGCUCUUGGCUGUUCAGAGAGCCGAGCUCACCGACGAGGGAGACUACAUCUGUACCGCUCGUGAUCCAGAUACCGGAGCGCCAAUCGACUCAACCCCAGCGACCGUUCAUGUUACCAACGCCGCUGCUCCACCACAAGUCGAAGCUCGUCCACCACAGCACCCAGUGAUCACCCCACAAACACAGACAAUCCCUGAAGGAGAUCCAGCACGCAUUCAGUGUACAGUACCCGGAAACCCAUCGGCUGCUCAGCAUCUCUCCUUCGAGAGAGUUGACGGAAAAGGGCUUCCAUUUGGAUCUAGUGAUGAUCGUGGAGUCUUGACGAUUCCGUCGACACAAUUGCAGGAUGCCGGAGAAUACGUUUGUUUAUAUUCCCCAGAGAAUAGCCCACCAGUGAAGACAAACCCAAGCACCUUGAACGUCACACCUGAAGGCACUCCACCACGUCCAGUUGCCACACCACCACUUCUUUCCGUGGCACCUGGCUCACCAGCACGAUUCAACUGUGUCGCGCACUCGGACACUCCGGCACGCAUCAGGUGGGGAUUCCGAGAGGAAAAUGGACCUCUUCCGGAACAUGUGAACCAGGAUGGAGAUGAUAUUGUGAUCUCUGAAGCCGGCGAUAGAAAUGUCGGGGAAUACGUGUGCUCGGCCACUAACGAUUUUGGAACCGGAGUCGCGGAUCCAGUCAGACUGGAAGUCACUGAGGACCAAGAGCCUCCAACAGCCGUCGUGGAGCCACGAACCUGGAAUGGGAAGCCAGGAGAGCGACAUCAGUUCAGAUGUAUUACUACAGGAUCGCCUACUCCAAAGAUUACAUGGACUGGACCCAACGGAUCACCUCUACCACACGACGUUACACCGCUUGAGCCAAAUAUUCUCGACUUCUCCAACGGCCGCUCCGAGCUCAACGGAGACUACACUUGCACAGCUUCGAAUCCUAUUGGAGAGGCUUCCGAUCACGGAAACGUCAACAUCGGACCGUCUCUUACGGUUAAAACGAAUCCACCCGGACCAAAAUUGAUCGUGACAGUUGGCGAACCACUUCAAGUAAAAUGCGAGGCAUUCGGCGCCCCAGGAGAUCCGGAGCCAGAAGUCGAAUGGCUCCAUGACCCAGGACCGGAGCGUGGAGAUCUUCCAGAUGACUUCAAGCCAGUCACCAUCUCAGAACAGUUCAUCAGACAUCCAAAUGUCGGACUUGGAAAUGCCGGAGUUUACACUUGCAAGGGAUCCAGCGCACACGCUACUGCCACCAAGAACAUCUACAUCGAAGUCGUCGAGCCAUCUAGAAUUGCUACUGUGUCUAUCCUCGGAGGAUCAUCCCAAUGGUUCGAUCAAGGAGAGAAGGGAGAAUUGAUCUGUACCGCUACUGGAAGCUCUCUUGUUGAUAGGCUCGAAUGGGAGAAGGUUGAUGAUCAACUUCCAACUGACGUCGAAGAGCAUAAUGAGCCAGGACUUUUGCACUUCCCAAGCUUUAAGAAUUCAUACGCCGGCGAGUACCGUUGCAACGGCUACCGUAACAACGAGAUCAUCGCUUCCGCCGCCGUUCAUGUUCACUCUUCCGCCAACGCUGACGAUGAGCCAAAGGUUGAAAUCGAGCCACCACGCGUUCGUGUUGUCUCCCAGGGAGAUAAUAUUGUGCUCAAGUGCUCUGUUCAAGGAGCCGAAAACGGUGAACACUUCAAGUGGGCUCUCCUCCGUGGCGGAUCCCUUGUCCGUCAACUUGGCACCGAGCCAACUCUCGAGAUCACCAAGGCCGACCCGUCAAACGAUUUUGGAGUUUAUAGAUGCAAUGUCGAAGAUAACAAUGGAUUGGUCAUCGGAUCUGCGUUCACCGCGGUUUCCGUUGGACAACAGGACAAAUCUCAUGCUCAAAUCGUGAAGUUCGACGAUAAAUCCGAUGCGUCCUUCACCUGCCCAAUCUACUCGGUACCAGGAUCAAAGGUCGACUGGACCUACGAAAACGGAGAUCUUCCAUCCAAGGCAGUUCCAAAUGGCAACAAGAUUGAGAUCAAGGAAUUCGACGAUGCAUCUGCUGGAACCUAUGUUUGCAAGGUUUCGUUCGAUGGAAACGUUGUUGAAGGAUUUGUGACCGCUCAAAUGUUUGUACCUGAUACUAUUAUCCAAGUGCUUCUCGAAGUUUCCUCUGAAUCACCACAAAUCGGGGAUCGUGCCUGGUUUGACUGUAAGGUAACUGGAGACCCAUCGGCUGUGAUCUCAUGGACCAAAGAAGGAAAUGAUGAUCUUCCACCAAAUGCUCAGGUAACCGGAGGACGUCUCUUGUUCACUGAUCUCAAGGAAGACAACGCUGGCGUCUACAGAUGCGUCGCCAAGACAAAAGCGGGACCACUUCAAACACGAACAGUGCUCAACGUCGGAUCCGGAAAACAAGAUCAAGUCACUUUUACUGUUGCCGACUCUUUGCCUGUUGUCUAUACCGUUGGUCAGCCAGCCUACCUGUCUUGUAUAGGAAAAACUGAGACAAAACCAAAUCAAUCGGUGGUAUGGACAAAAGAGGAAGGAGAUCUUCCUAGUGGGUCUCGAGUGGAACAAGGAGUACUGAUGCUUCCAUCUGUUCAUAGAGAUGAUGAGGGAUCAUACACCUGUGAAAUAGUGAAAGAAGAAAAUCCAGUUUUCUCCACCGUCGAUCUUCAGAUUGAUGAUUUUAUACCGGUUAUCGAUGGAGAGCCAAUUGAACUUCCACCACUUAGUGAUGAAGAGAUUGUCAAUUUGGAUAUUGAAAUCACUUUGAACACUGCAAAUCCAAAAGGAAUAAUUUUUGAAACAAAACGAAUCAACUCCGGGGAUCUUUUGGCUACUCCAUACGAUACUAUUCAUCAUGAGGCAAAAAUCACUGACUAUGGAACUGUUCUGUAUGAGUUUGAUAUUGGAAACGGUAGACAAAUUGUGGAAACAACCAACCCAAUAAAUCCGAAUGAGUGGAAUGUGAUUAAAAUCAAAAAUGAUAAGAAUCAGGUGACAAUUCAGCUGAAUGACGAGUCCGCGACAAUAAGGCAACAUACAAAUCCACUUCCAAGUCUGAGCACCGGAGUAAACCGGCCAGUUUUCAUUGGAGGAAGACAUGAGCCAACAAAUGAAGCUAAUGAUUUCAGAGGCAUUAUCAGUCAAGUUGUACUCUCCGGGCAUAACGUUGGGCUUGGUGACGCUCGUAUUCCAUCUUCGGUGGUCAAAUACGACGCGUGUGCGAGCACAAACCUCUGCUUGAACGGAGCCAACUGCAGGAACGCCAACAAUCAUCAUGGUUUCAGUUGUGAAUGUGCCGAAGAGUUCCAUGGAGAAUACUGUCAAUGGAGAUCCAAUAGUUGUCAUGAUGAAAGUUGCAACACUGGAAUUUGCCUGGACAACGAAGAAAGCUGGCAAUGUGUCUGUCCGCUGGGGACUACGGGUCUACGAUGUGAAGAAAAAACUGAAAUUCCUCAACCUUUGGGUUUCACAUCUGACACCAGCUUCCUGGCUGUCAAGAGACCUGUAAAAUUUGAAUCGAUAAAAAUGAAACUAAGACCGCAAGCUGAUAGUGAUGAGCACAUCUUAAUGUAUUUUGCAUCGGAUUAUGGAUCAAAUACUAAACAGUAUACUUCACUUUCAUUGAUUGCUAAUCAAGUGGUACUCACUGUUCGGAGACCUGAUAAAGAAGUUCAAAAGAUCAGAAGUGAGACUUUGGAAGCUGGUGAGCUUAUUGAUGUGGCAGUACGGCAGGCUGGCAAUGCUCUAGUAAUGACUGUAGAUGGAAAUCAAGUUUCUACCAUCGAAACUGACACAUUGAAACCUGGCACAGAAAUAUUUAUUGGUGGUCUUCCGCCAGGUCUGAACUCCCCCGAUGAUGUUGUAGAGCAGUCCUUCCAAGGAUGUGUCUAUGAGAUACUGAUCAACUCGCAGGACGUAGAUCUUCAAAAUUUGUCCUCGUCAGGUGACAUUUCGUCCUGCGAGGAAUCGCAGUUUCCGGUAGAGGAAGAUGAUACAACAACCACAACGACUACAGAAGAACCAGAAGCUGUGAUUGAGGAGCCUACGACGGAAGAGCCGACUACAACUGAAGAGCCUAUUACAGAGGAACCAACUGAAGAGCCAACUACUACGGAGGAGCCAACUACCACUGAAGAGCCCACCACGACUACUGAAGAACCAACAACGACGACUACUGAGGAGCCCUACCACAUUUAUGAGACGUCAAGGGAUGAUGAUCCAGAAAUCAUAAUUCCGGUAGAGACAACAACAACAUCCACAACUACGACUAGUACCACUGAAGAGCCGGAAGCGGAGCCAGCACUGGUUCUUCCAACAGAUCCCGUUGAAGAAAAUGAUGUUAGCGACGAAGAAGAAGAGAUUUCCACUAUCAGCACAGUUUCCCCGGAUAACGGUUUAGAUUCCGAUUCGGACUACAGUGAGGGUACUCUGCCUCCAGAUUCAAGUUCUGAAGAGAUUGUCGUGGGCGAUGUGUAUUCUACUCAAGAACCCAAUAAUAUCUGUGCAAAUUCAACGUGUGGAAUGAACGGACAAUGUGUGCCAAGAAACAUGACGCAUUAUACGUGUGAAUGCAAACUUUACUAUGAUGGCCCAACCUGUAGCCUUUUCAAGCCAAUCGAACACGCAGCUCGAUUUGACGGAGACGCAUUUAUCGAGCUUUCGUCAGAUGAGUUCCCACAUUUGACAUCUGAAAAGGAUGAAAUUGUGGCGUUCAAGUUCAAAACCGAGCAACAAAAUGGUGUGCUGUUGUGGCAAGGACAACGUCCUACCGUUCAACAAAUGGAGGACUAUAUAUCAGUUGGAAUUGUCAAUGGGCAUCUGCACUUUUCCUACGAACUUGGUGGUGGAGCUGCGCAUCUUAUCUCCGAAGAAAGAGUAGAUGAUGGAAAAGAGCACAGUGUGAGAUUUGAAAGAAAGGGAAGAGAAGGGCAAAUGCGAAUUGACAACUACCGUGAAGUCGACGGUCGGAGCACGGGAAUCCUUGCGAUGCUCAAUGUUGACGGGAAUAUUUUCGUUGGCGGGGUGCCUGAUAUCUCCAAAGCCACCGGUGGCUUGUUCUCCAACAACUUUGUCGGAUGCAUCGCUGACGUAGAAUUGAAUGGGGUGAAGUUGGACUUGAUGGCCACUGCGAUCGAUGGGAAGAAUGUAAAGCCGUGUGAUGAGUGGAUGCAUAGGAAACGGUGGUUGUAUCGAAGACGAGUGCGGUGAAAUGGAGGAAUCGAGAAGUUAGAAGUAUUGCGUAGGAUUCUGAUAUUAUUUUCAUUUUUUGAAAAAAAAAAACACAAACACCACGAUCUGUGAUAAUUUAUUAUCUUUUUCAACAUGGCUUUAUUUGAAAUUUGAAUGAAUUUUUUGAAUUAUUAAAA